UUGGAGUUGGUAAAGCCGGAAAGAACCUUAGAACGGAGGAUGGGAGAACCGGAAGGAUUCUGAAAUACAUUGGGCAUGGAAGGGCCGGAAGGAACCUAGAACAAGGAGUGGGCAGAGCCGAAAGGCACGGAGGCUGGCAGAACCGGAAGGCCCCUUAAACAGGGAAUAGGCAGGCCAGAAGGCGCCUUAGAGCUAGAACGUCAGAGCCGGGGCCGACAUCUAGUUCUAUCGCUAUAGGCUUGCAGCUGGAAAGGAUUUCCAGGGCCAUGUGGUCUGCUGUCCCCAUUUUAUAGAUGAAGAAGCCUCCAAAGAAGUGGCAAAGGCAGAGGGGCUCGGGAAAUGCCUCUGGACUUCAUCUGUGAAAUCAAGGGGCCUGACCUGAGGGCAGAUGGGCACCCCUUCCAGCUUUAACUCUGGUGCCGUGGAGGUUGGAAGUAGAAGAGACCCCUGCAGCCACUGAGUCAGCUAACUCAUCCCAGCAGAAGCAUCCCCACUCUUACAUACCUGAUGCCCUGAAUGUCCUGCUGAGAAAGGAUGCAGUUUGGGGACCCGUCCUGGAGAGAGGUGCUGAGGUUUGCAGUGGUCUGCCGCUCCUUGACGUUGGUCCUCCAGGCCCUGUUCAAUGCUGUCAUCCCGGAUCAUGCCGCAGAUGCCUUCUCCCCACCCUGCCUGGAGCCUGCCGGCCUUGGGGACCAGCUUGUGGAAUGGCUGCUGGGGGGCUUGUCGCGUUGGGACUCGGCGCACUUCCUCUUCAUUGCAGAGCACGGCUACGUCUACGAGCACAACUUUGCCUUCUUCCCAGGCUUCCCCCUGGCCCUGCGCGCCGGGGCUGAGCUGCUGCUAUGGCCCCUGCAAGGGCUGAGGUCACGCAGUCGCCUCUUGUUGGCAGCGGCCCUGCUCAACAGCCUGUUCUCAGUGCUGGCUGCCCUGGCCCUCUAUGAGCUGGGCUGCCUGGUGCUGCGUGACCGCCGCCUGGCCCUCCUCUCAGCUUUGCUCUUCUGCCUCAGCCCCGCCAAUGUCUUCCUGGCGGCGAGCUACUCCGAGAGCCUCUUUGCCCUGCUGGUCUUCAGUGCCAUGAGCCAGCUGGAGAGGGGCCAUGACGGCCGGAGCGCCCUCCUCUUUGCCCUGGCCACUGUUGUGCGUUCCAACGGGAUCAUCAACGCUGGCUUCCUUGCCCACGCCCAGUGCCGACGCUUCUUGUCUUCUCCGUCCACAGGGGACCUUCCCAGGGCCCUGUGGAGACCCCUGAGGCUGGCGGCCUUUCUGCUGCUGACAGCCGUGGGCCUCAGUCUUCCCUUUGCUCUGUUCCAGCUCUAUGCCUACAGCCAGUUCUGCCUGCCCCACGCAGCCCGCCUCCUCCCCGAGCCCCUCGUACAGCUGGCCAAGGACAAGGGCUACCGGGUCCCAGCUGGAGACCAGCCCAGCUGGUGCACCUGGCGCUUGCCCCUGGUGUACAGCUACAUCCAGGACGUCUAUUGGAAUGUAGGCUUCCUGAGGUACUUUGAGCUCCAGCAAGUGCCCAAUUUCCUCCUGGCGGGGCCAGUGGCAAUGCUUGGGGUCUGGGCGGCCUGGACCUACACUACCGCCAACCUCCGGCACUGCCUCACACUUGGACUUCUGAGCAAGGCGGGCAGGGGUGACAAGAAGCCUCCCUCUGGGUUCCACAGCCCCCAGGUGUUUGUGUACCUGGCUCACUCCACGGCCCUGCUGCUGUUCGGAGCCCUGUGCAUGCAUGUGCAGGUUCUCACCAGAUUCUUGGGCUCUUCCACUCCCAUCGUCUACUGGUUUCCAGCUCACUUGCUCCAGGACUGGGAGCCCCUGUUGUGGACUCAAGAUGCUGUGCCUGGGAAGGUCUCUGCUAUGUGCUCCCUGUUGGGACAAGGGGCCCCAGAGAAUCCAAUUUGGGGACUUUUGUGCAAAUGGAGAGCUUGCUCUCCAGUCACACGGGCCAUUCUGUCCUAUUUCCUCUCUUACUGGCUCCUAGGACUGCUCCUGCACUGUAAUUUCCUGCCUUGGACGUGACCAUCAGCCCCAGAGGACAGCCAGGCUAGGCUACAGACAUUCUCAAGGGGCUUGGAAUGAGCAGGCUGAGUCCUGGGCCCAUUUGAAAUAGAAGUCCUCAUCUGCAAUGCUUUCAAACAAGUUGGUUGAGAUUUCCAAGGAAAUGUUGGUCUUUGGACACAAAUGGCAGGCAUUUAGGCCAAUGCUUUCUUACAGGUCUGAGGUGAACCUGCUCUAUGGUGCUCAGCCCAGCCUUUAAACCCAGCUCAUUGAACCUCUCCCCUGCCCCAGGGCUAGGCACUUCCAAGACCUCUGGGGACUUGAUUACCAGCACCCCUUCUUAGCCAUUCAAGACUAACACCCACCUCUAUCUUUGUAGCAUCCGUCUUUUCCCAGCCAUCUCUGUUCUGGGGUGGAAGGUCACACUGUUCUCCCUGGGAGACUUUCCUGGUACAGGUUCCCCCUGGCUGAAGAACUCUAGAAACUCAUCCCUGGGAGCAUCAGGGAGAGCACUGGCCAGGCAAUUCUUUGAUAACCUUCAUCUACUGAAGCUGGAAAUCCAGCUGGAAAUCCUCUGUGAUGUUCCAAGAAGAGAGCCAGAUCAAAAAUGGAGUCUUCAUUUUCCCGAUGGUACCCAGGAGGCUGGUUUGUCAUCAUCUUGCUGCUUUAUCAUUUAAUCACUGCUCCUUGCCAAGACUUGGUUUCCUUUUGUGUAAGUUAAGGGAAUUGAAGUAAAUACUAUCUAAAACCCCUUCCAGCUUUAAAUCUGAUUAUUUCAUGACUAAGAGAUCCCCUUGCUGCUCUAGUAGGGCCCGGACACUGUGUGGACAUUUAGAAGGAGCUCAGGAACAUCUGUCUGAGGAGGAAAAGGAGAGAACCUGGGAAUGGGCAGAAAUAGACAGACCAUAUAUCAAGAGAAAUGUUUGAGGAACUAUUUCAGGAAAUGUGCAGAUUCUUACAUGGGGAGGGAAGAAAGUACAUGCCAUGGGCCAUAGCAGCCUCUAAUACCACAAUCUAGAAAGGCUAGACUAUAUGGAAAAUUAUAUAUCCCAGCAACUGAAGCCUAGUGAAGCCCAGGAGGAAAUCAAGAGUAUCUAUCAAACGAGGAAACUCAGAGGGACCUCAGGGAGAAGAAGGAAAAUGGUAACAGAGCUGGAGAAAACAGGUGAGAAGCCAGAUGUAUAGCCACAACAGAUGACUCCCUCGUCACACAUCUGCUGGUCAUCAGGCCCUGCAGGUCCCAUAAGGAGCUUGUACUGUCCAAAACAACUCAUCAUCCCUUGGAGUCUCCCCCUUCUCUGAGCACCUUUGUUUCUGCUCAGGGCCUCACCAUCUGCCCAGUCACCCAGAAUGCCAGCCAUGGAGCCAUCAUCCGUCUCCCCCGACACCAUCCCAUCCCAUCAGUUGCCAAGUUUUAUCUGUGCUGCUUUCACAGUGUCUUCCUGUGUGAUGCAUCUGCCCUCGUUCAAGUCUCACCCCAUCUCCUCUGGACUACUCCUGUAGCUUCCACAGGUGUGCCUCUUCUCAAGAAUCCCUCUCCGUCCUGUCCCCCAUAAAGCUUUUAGAUGCCCACUCCUUUGCCCAAAGAGCUUCCAAGACUGAUGUGUCGAACAACAAACAUGCUUCUCUGGUACUCAGAGGAUGCCACGGUCUGGCUGUAGUCUUUUCUGUCUGGACUAAUUUCAUAUCCCUCCCAGUGACACCCUCGACUUUCAAGGUACACUGGCCUACUGGCCCUGCCCGGCACCUCUAUACAGACCAUCUCCCAUACUUAAAUGCUGGCAUCCCUAGUAUGUUCAAGACCUAGUCCAGCAUCACUUCCUACUCGGUGCCUUCUCCCCAAGUUUGGGACUUCCUUUGCCCCAAAGAAGGUGAUGUCUUUGUAGACCUCUUUUUCCCUCCUCCACUGAUCAAUAGACUUCAGAAUCUCCUGAGGACAGGGACCAUUUUUUUUUCUUUUUAUCUUUGUAUCCCUACCUUCUAGCACAAUAAUGCUUGUUGAAGCUUAGUCCCAGAAGAAAGUUGGCAAAAUAUACCUUUUCCCUUUCUUCAUAAAGAGAUGUAGAAAACUGAACAUAAAUGUCCACUUUAAUUUAUUGAGGUUUUGUUUUUGAUUUGUUCUUUUUUUAUUCUUUGCUACUGCUUGCUGGGUAGGGGAGAUCACCAAUAAAAGUUCUGAAAUAAAGAUAAAUUGUUGGCCUUUUAAGUCAUCAGUUUUCUACGUUAGAAGAGGCAUCAUAGCCUAAUGGGAAAAGCACCACACUAGCAGCAGGAGGCAGAAAACCUGGAAUUCAAUCCUUACUUGCACUGCUUUCCAGGUGUCUUGACUAUGGAUAAAUAAUACUAUCUCCCAGGCUCUAACUGUGUUAUCCCUAAAACAACUAGCUUUAACAGUGGGUAGGGUG